UGUGACCAGUCAUUUCAAACUGUCAUUUAAAAAGUGUAUUGUGUUUUUUUGGUUUUUCUCAUUUACUUAUUAAAAUGAACUCUAAAUAUGUUCUAGUCGAACACAUAAGUGACAUAAAUACAAUAAUUAAACAACCUUUGCAGUCAACACAUCGUAUCAAGUUUACUGCUUUCGAUGUUUCGAAAUCGUACGUUGUUUUUGGUGCCUCUAGCGGCGGUCUGUACGUAUUCAACCGUCAUCCCCAUCAGUUCCUGAAGUUGAUUCCUAGCAAGGAAGGUGCGAUUGUUCAAGUUUGUAUCUCGCACGAUGAGAAACACUUAUCCCUGGCUACUUCUAAAGGUGCAGUGGUGAUCAUACCGAAUUGUUUUUACGAAAAUUGCAUUCAGUAUCAUACCCAUCAUGAACAUCGUGGAAAUAUUGUGACUGCUAUUAAAUGGAACGGUGACGAGUUGUAUUGUGGUGAUAAUUUGGGGAAAAUCACAGUGAUUACACUACCCAGUUUGCUGGCAAAGGCAAUGUUUCAAGCCAAUUACGCAACGUUGAUGCAAUUGGAUAGUAGAAUCGUGCAGAUCGACGUUUACUCAAAAUUUUUGCUCAUUUCCACCCUUACGCGUACCCACAUCUGCGACACGGACAAAGAGCAAUACAGGCAGAUUGGGAAGAAAUUGAGAAAUGGUCAUUUCGGCGCUUGCUUCUUUUCGAAUCAGGUUGAUGUUCAGCGAGUACUGACGGAAACGCUGAAGAGCCGCGGGAUUUUUAAAAAGAGCAUCGAUGACGAACAGGUUUUCGCUCAGAUUAACGACAACGUGCAGAUCUUUUGCACCCGUCCUGGAGCGCGUGUAUGGGAGGCCAAAUUAAACGGCUCCGUAACGCGUACGCAUCAGUUUAAGAAUCUUUUCAAAAAUCCGGCUGAGGUCAUUAGGUGGGAUGGCAACGUAGAUAGUCGCCUGACUAUUAAUAGUAGUCAUGAUAUUAAUUUGGGUAUGGAGCAACUAAAUUUUCGGAAAGUUUUAAUACUGGACAAUAAAUUCGUUGUAACAUUUAAUCAAGGGAUGUUUUACGUUUUUGAUCCCGUUACAGAAAACAUUAUCUGCUGGUGCAAUUAUUAUGAGAAUAUAAAAGAUUUCAAAGUGACCGAUUAUUUUAUAUACAUUUGGGAUGAUAACUUGGAAGUGAGAGUCGUUGCCUUAUACAUGUUGGAACAAAUUAUACUCAAAACAUUGUUUCGGAAACAGUAUUACUUAAGUGCCGAGCUGUGUGUUCACUACACCGCCGAUAUUAUCGAUUUAAUUGAAUUAGCAAAUAAUAUUCACUUGGUUACUAUUUUAAAAGAGAAAAUUACAGAUCAAAACCUACUAGCCAGCCUACUGCCGAUAUUUACCGCAAUCGAUAGCUACACAAACAAAAAAAUCGCAAUUCCGAAAUUAAAGGCUGGAAUUGUAACGGUCAAUCCAUAUUUUGAUGAUGAAAAUAUCACAAAAGAUCGAGCUUUGGAAGAGUUGCACAUUUUCAAAGACCUGAGUUUGACCGUACCAGAAAAAUUGGGUGGAGAUGCUAAGAAUCUCAAGGAAAAGUUUCAUAAAUUUGAAACGACCGUUAAGAAACUGGCACAAGUUAAUAAUGGCAAUGGUGAAUUUGUGGUUUCAUCUUGUGAUGAUCAGAUUUCUAGUGAUGGGAAAGUAUUUCAACAGCAAUAUCAGAUGUCGAAAAUCAACCAGAACUUGGAAUCUCCCAAAUUUAGUCAACUACUGGAUAAGCACAGUGUACAUUCGAUUGUGCAAUUAUUUCAUAAUUUUCUAAAAAGUUACAAAACAAUUGAGGCAGCUAAAAAAGAGGUCAGAUUAUGGUGCUUCUCACAGUAUUUAAAGUAUUUAUCAAACCACCGUACUAGUGACAUACAAAGUCUGAAUAAUGACGACAUACCUGUACAGUACGCCUUGGAGGCGUUUACUGAAUUAAACCAAUCAAGUUGCACCUGCACAUGUUCCUAUCCCACACCGUCAGCCAAAAGGCAUAUUCCACAGUACUUCGAGCUUGGAUGCGUACUCGCCAAGAAAUUGUCGCGCUCCAGUAAUCAAUUGGACGAACUGACUAAGAAAGUUCCCUACAUGUGGAAGUACAUUUUGAAAGAUCAAGAAAAUGAUAACGCACUUCCUCUACUAAUUCAAUUCGGCGAUGAAGAUCUCAUUCAAAGUUUCUCAAACAAGUUUACUUACGACGACUGGGAUGACGCCGUAAAAUUGUUAAUUAAACUACGAAAUUUCAAAUGCGUGAACUGCGAGCAGGACAUUACCAGAUCAACUGAUGUAAUGAGUUGGAUGAGUUUUGGCACCAUUCUAUUGAAGUCAGUCGGAGCUCAAAGUACCAUCAAUCUCUUAAUGCGUUACUCUAACGUCAUACCAUCGGACGAACUGAACGCGAAUUUUUAUCAAAUGUGUAUUUUUACAAGCGCGGUCGGCGGGGUCCCCGGUAAGGCUGUCGGUUUCGCAAAAGUAAUGCAAAGCAAUGAUACCACAAUGCUAGAGUUUGAUAACGUCAUGAAGAAGUUUCUGAGACGAAGUUAUGUGAAGAAACCCCCGAGCUGUGAAAAGAGACCGAGCCUUCGCGGUAAGACUGAUUUAAGAUGUUCCUUUUGUGAUUUACUUUUAGAAACUCCAUUGUUAACCGAUUAUGUAACAUUAAGCUGCAAGCAUUUAUAUCAUUCCAUUUGUUAUAAGUACAAUGAAAACAUUUGUGGGAAGUGUAAAUAAGUGCUUUGGUAUUCUUUGUAGCGUUAUUAAAUUAAUAUAUUAUUCUGAAUCUUUUC